AUGGCAAACCUUCACAACGAUGUCCUUGAAGAAAUAAUGAAAAGAUUGGAUAUGAGCGAUCUAAUCAAAUGCAAAAGCGUAUAUGAUUUCAAGGUUGUGAUAGGAUUCACUAAAGGUGAUGGCUUGACUUGUUUUCAAGUAUUAGCUUUGAAAUCAAAUGAAUGGAAAGUAAUCGGGGAUGUGAGCUAUUCUAUUGAUGGUAGGAUUGGUAUCUUAUGCAAUGGAGCACUUCACUGGGUUAUGAAACAAGAUAACAAGAAAGUGAUUCUUUCGUUUUGUUUAUCCGGAGAGGAAUUUAAAGAAAUUCCUCAACCUGAUAAUGAGGAGUAUGAAUCUGAUUCUAGUAAUGCUAGCCUUCCAACUAUGCGUUUAGGGGUUUUGGAUGAAUGUUUAUGUGUAUUUCAUUAUGAUAAGGUUAUUGAUAAAAUAUGGAUGAUGACGAACUACAAUGUAAAGCAGUCUUGGGGAAUAGUUGGAAAGGAUUGUGAGAGAAGAGUAGUUUUACACUCCUUGAAGACGUUGAAGCAUUACAUUCGUUACAAAAAGUCAUGGUAUCGUGAUGUUUUCCUUUUCAGGAAUAGGGAUUUUAUUGGUGCCCCUAUCUAUGUGGAAACUCUUGUAUCUCCUUAUGUUAAUGGGAGUCCAAUGAAAAAGAGGCAUCUAGGUGAUAUCAAGAAACGUUGUAAGUUGCUUAAGGGAGAUCCUUCAGUUGCAGGACCAAGUUCCAGAGUUUGAGGCUGUUGAAGACAAUUUCUAAUGGAUUUUAGUAUCUUUUCUUAAAGGUUCUGAAUAAUUUGCAUUUGGUGGAUUUUAAAAACUUAUGUUUGAUGGAUCGUAUAAGUGUUAUUAACUGUUACUUUCUUGUGAUAUGUUGUGUCUGAUAGUGUUAAUGUGUUGAAUACUGUCGCUUUUAGUUUGAAGUAUCUAGUUGGCCAGUUUUCAAAAAGAAAAAAAAUGUGAGUUUCUCAUUAACGC